CCGGCAGCCUUCUGUAGGAGAAGCGGGCCCGGCUCGCCUGUGUCAGCCGGACCAGCCAGUGCGGUUAUAGGCGGCUCACUGGAUCCCUAACCGGAGCGACGUAAAUCUGGGAGGGGCGCGCGUCAUCUCAACGGUGCGGGGACACCAGUAGGCGGCGGGAGAGAGGGCUGCGGCGCAGCGGAGAGCGAAUAAGGCGCCUCAACCGGAAUCGUCUUGGGAGCGACGUCGCACCCGGAAGUGUGGCAAGACGGACGCCGCACCCGGAAGUGUGAUGCUACGGCGGCUUGAGAAGUGAUGGUACCCGGCCAAUUGAGAUACGGGGUUAAAACAGGGAUGUGCAGAUGGAGGCUGGAGGUGACACUACUGCCCCACCCCCUGGGGACGUGGAGGACUUGGAGGACACUCGGUUUCCCAGUGAGAUGGCAGGAGACGGUGGAGGGCUUCGCGAAGACCCACCGGAUCCUGGAGACGGGGACCAGGAGGAAACAGAAUCCGAGACAAAGGACCAGCCACCCGGCCUGCUGUCACCACUGCCCCAGUCAGGGGCCCCAUCAUGCACCUGUGGGCUCUGGGAUCCCGCAGUCUCUGAGAAUAGUCCCACAGGUGGCCCUGAGAGUGGCUCUGGGGGCCAGGGUGGGGACCCCAGUGACGAGGACUGGCGCAGCAAGCGGAAGCACGUGUUUGUGCUGAGCGAGGCAGGCAAGCCCAUCUACUCGAGGUACGGCAGUGUGGAGGCACUGUCCACGACCAUGGGCGUGAUGACAGCCCUCGUGUCCUUCGUGCAGAGUGCAGGAGAUGCCAUCCGUGCUAUCUACGCCGAGGACCACAAGCUGGUGUUCCUACAGCAGGGCCCACUGCUGCUGGUGGCCGUGUCAAGGACUCCACAGUCGGCAGCCCAGCUGCGGGGGGAGCUGCUGGCUGUGCACGCACAGAUAGUGAGCACGCUGACACGCGCAAGCGUCGCCCGCAUCUUCGCGCGCAAGCAGAACUACGACCUCCGCCGCCUGCUGGCCGGUUCAGAGCGCACGCUCGACCGGCUUCUGGACAGUGUGGAACGCGACCCCGGUGCCCUGCUCCUGGGCGCGGUGCGCUGCGUGCCCCUGGCGCGCCCACUGCGGGAAGCACUGGGCGCGCUGCUGCGCCGCUGCACGGCACCCGGCCUGGCUCUGUCUGUGCUGGCGAUCGGAGGGCGACUGGUGACGGCAGCUCAGGAGCGGACCGUGCUGGCCGAGUGCCGCCUGGACCCGGCCGACCUCCAAUUGCUGCUCGACUGGGUGGGGGCGCCGGCCUUUGCAGCAGGAGAGGCAUGGGCGCCUGUGUGCCUGCCCCGCUUCAACCCCGAUGGCUUCUUCUACGCCUACGUGGCUCGCCUGGAUGCCAUGCCUGUCUGCCUGCUAUUGCUGGGCACCGACCCUGAGGCCUUCCAUGACAUGGCCACCUGCCGGCGCCUGGUGGAAGAGGGCAUGCACACCCUCGGGGCCACGCGUGCCCUCCGGGAGGCUGCCAGCUUCUCUAGUGCCCCAGCAAGCAGUGCCCCUGCCUACAGUGUGCAGGCUGUGGGAGCACCCGGCCUCCGCCACUUCCUCUAUAAGCCGCUGGAUAUCCCCGACCAUCACCGCCAGCUGCCUCAGUUUACCAGCCCUGAGCUGGAGGCCCCGUACGGCAGGGAAGAGGAACGGCAGCGCCUGUCGGACCUGUACCACCGCCUGCACGCGCGCCUUCACAGCUCCUCCAGACCCCUGCGCCUCAUUUACCACGUGGCCGAGAGGGAGACGCUGCUGGCCUGGGUGACUUCCAAAUUUGAACUCUAUACCUGCCUCAGCCCCCUGGUGACAAAGGCUGGUGCCAUCUUGGUAGUGACCAAACUCCUGCGCUGGGUGAAGAAAGAGGAGGACCGGCUCUUCAUUCGUUACCCACCCAAGUACUCCACACCCCCAGCAGCCCCAGCUGCCUCUACAGACCAACCUUCCCAUAAUGGCUUGUUCACUGGACCUUGAGAGGCUGCUAGAUUGAGCAGCGCUGGGAACCACCACCUUUAGCUUUUACCUUCUGUCUCCACCCUGGAAAUGGGGCGCAGGAGGGGCAGGGGAGAGGCUGCUUCCCCCGGCACCUCCACCUCUGGGGCAAAUCCUUAGGCCUCCCUCUGCCUCCCUCUCCCUCUGCCUCACCUUCUCCACCUGGAUGAUGUGCCGGCCUCUGUUAGGGGCUGUCUCCUCCCCCACACCCCGUGUCCUGCAUCAAGAGUCGGCCUCCUUGAUGGGCUCUCAGCCCUGAGUGUCCAGGGCUGGCCAGGGUCCCCAUGGGGGGCCCGCAGGGCCUCUGGAAUUGGGAAUGCGGUGCCAGCCUAUGGCUGGAACCAGCCUGGGGAUAUUUUAAAGAAAAAAAGACUGUACAUAAAAGGCCUAAAACCGGUUCCCACGAGGACAUUCCUUUCUCCUUCACGUACUUCAUCUUUACCCUGUCAAAAGUGGCCCCCAUCAAUGUAGCUGCUGCUGCUAGUAGUGAGAAGGCGGCCUCCAGGGCCUACCUGUCUCUGUAACCCAGGCAGAGCACCUGACUUCGCACAUGGCUGAGAUCCAGACUUUUUACGCAGGCGGUGCCCUCGGCUUCCAAGGCUCAUUGUACUCCUCUACGAAAAGGAGGAAACAUCGCGUAGGCUGUCACGUGAGGAUUUGUAAACGAAAGGGGACUCGACCUCUUGUGUACCACCGCACAGCACACGUGUAUGUGUCCCAGACCUUCACAACCUGCACAGCAACCUGGAGAGGGAAAGCCCUCCCUAGAGUUUGUAUGUGUGUGCACAGCACUCAUUCCUCAACCGAACCAAGACCCAGUUGUGCUCCUGUUUUGCCUCCCCCGGAGUUGGCGGGCCUCAGGGUAGACGCAUGCGCGCUGUCAAUCAGGGGCACCGGUCCGCGCUUGGCUACAGCUGAAGCCUCAUUGCUCCUCCGCCCGGGUCAACUGGCGAGCGGACACGCACUACACGCAUGCGUGCCGCAGAGCCUGUAGCCCUCGCAUAGGUGGGGUUUUUUUUGUUUUUGUGUUUUAACCAAUCGUCAUCCGAGGCGCACGCAAGCGCAACCUCCCGCGCGUAAGAAAAUGGCGGGGAAGUUAGAGCCUUUGGCAAUGGAGCCACCGGAAGUUGUGGAGGAGACCGAGGAGGCUGAAGGUAGGGAGGGCGAGCAGGCGUCUCCGCAGUCGGGUCAGAAGGGAGGGAGGCUUUGUCCCGUAACAAUAACGAAAUGUUAGUAGCGGUACUAAAAACGUGAAAACUUAAGCUUUUUAUAAAAAACCCUUCAUCAAAGGGGAGACAACUAACUAUUCUCAAUCUAGAUUAACUCCCGUCAACUUCGUUGGGUAUGUUGACUUAAAUGUUUGGAAGAAACAACAGCCUGUAUAUUUCGGUAUGCAUCCCUUCACACAAAACACGGAGGUGGAUGUUGUCACAAAAAUCACCCAGCUGCCGCCACACCGAAGAAAAUCCCCAGUAAUUCCCCAGUGUCCUUUCACACCCAGCCCACGUCACAUUUCGCGUGGACUCUUGGGUCUUAAUGGAGAAUGGCCUCUCCCACGGACAGCUUUUCUCCACAGCAUUUUGUCAGUAAUGACACCCCACACCCUAGUGAGAGGGGAAAAAUUGCCCUAGAGAUCAUUAGAAAUCACAGUGUAGCCAGAAGAAGAAAAUCUCCCAAGACGGUGAGCCGCCGCUCUCCCCCCUAACAUUUUUUCGUUACAGACAUUUUCGGAAUGUACACAACUACAGCAAAUAACAUGGUGAAGGCCCAUGUACCCAUCACUCUGGUUUCAAAUGUCGACUCUCUGCCCUCCUCUGAUCUAUCCCUGUCCCCCUUCCUGCACACUCUUUAAACCAUUAUAUUGAUAACAUGUUGGAUUGCAUCUUUCCAGAUCUAUCUAUGCAGGCAUCGUCAAUAGUUAUGAUUGUUGUUUCUCCAGCACCUAAAACAAGGCCUGCUUGGUAUAUAGUAGGUACUCAGUAAUUUUCUUUUUUGUAUUGUAUGGAUAACUAAUAACUUUACCAGGAAGAGCUCUCUUACAUGAGGGCUACAUGUGGAGCGCCAGCUAUAAGCAAAGAACAGACAGAAAUGAGAAAGCUGCAAAUAGAUCUCAUGUAUUGAGCAGUUACUAUAGCACUUAUGAUAGUAACAACUGUGCUGAAAACUAUUUUAGUUUCAAGCUUUCAAAUUAGUCACAAUUGAAGUUAUGAUUAACUUCACCAGCCGCAGAGAAAAUUGAAAAGCAUAUCAAGUUAUCAUUUUCUAGCCCAUUGAAAAUGGCUUUAAAAAGAGAGGCUUUAAAAUCUAGUAUUGAUUACUCUGUGGGGAAACAGCCUGUCUCUUGCCUCACUCAGAGAACUGACCACUAAAGACUUUGCUAGAAGCAGUUUGGAAGUAUAUGGUUGGCAUCUAAAAUGCUAUUCCGUAUCUUUAGUCACUGUGCUCAGUAAUCAGAGAGUAUGCAGAUGUGUGGACCACAAAGGAUCACUGGAGUGUUGCGGAUGGAAGUAAAACACAAGGAGCAAUCAGGGAAAUGGCUGGAUUUAGAUCUGUCCAUGCAUUUCGUGGAAUGCUUGUGUGGCGGACAUUAUUUUAAGCAGUGGGGGAAAAAUCCAAUCUCAUCUAAGAUACUUAACAGUGGGUUUUAAAAGCGUAAGAUCAUGGUUUGUUGACACAGAAGGAGCUCCAAAGGUGAUCAUAGUUUUAUGAGAGGAAAGCAAAUUGGGAUUUAAAAAAAACCAGGGGGCCUUGUCAACUAGAGCCCUAUGUAUGUCGCACAGAACAGCGUCUGAAGCUAAAGGCCUAACGACCCUCAACAAGGGACGUAGGUUUUUCGGAGUGCACAAAGGUGGAGGUAUUUUGUGAUGUUUUUUUUUUUUUCUCUUUUAUUUUUCUUUCAGGAAAAUGUAUUCUAUAAUUUUAAAAUAUAAGAGAAAUAGGGGGAUUUUUGAAUGGCAUCGGAGGGUCAUAUAGUGACCUUGAGCACUGUUAACAUCCCAGUUUUGAUGGUUAUACUGUGGUUACCUGGUAGAGUCCCCUUGGGUAUAGGAAAUAUACACUGGAAUAGUAAGGAAUAAUGGGCCAUGGUGCCUGCAAUUUGUGUUACAGAAAUGCUCACAACUGGGAAAUCUGACACCAAGGCAGAUAAGAGCACUGGGGCCUUUUUCUACCACUUUUAUGUACAUCUGAAAUUAUUUCAAAAUAAAAUGUUAAAAGGGA